UGCCUGCGUGCCUGAGGUGGGUGAGGAUGGAGGUCCCUUUCUUCGCGGUGCCCAUUUCCCAAACACGAUUUCAUCAGGGUUACCAUCUUGCAGCUAGCCCUGCCGGUGCCAUCACGUCCACUGUUUAGGCCAGCCUCGCUCACAUGUUCUCUGUGCAAGGGGUGGCAGCUCACCCCCUGCUCUCUUUUUGUUCUUCCACCUUUCGCUUUUGCUGCUGCCGUCCUCUUGACCCCUGCACAAUGCCUGAAUGCCACACCUUCUUCGCCAUGGCCCCAGCCGGAUCUCCUUCCAUUUAAGAAGGGUGCCACUCCAUCGCUCGUCCUCUCCAGGGGCUCGCAAGGUAGAUGAGGCACCGGAAAACAGGCUGCUCCAGGGAAGUUCUAGUGCUGCUAAAGUUAGGGAAUAGCACAAAGGGAAAUGAUGCAAGUUACUGAACGAGGGUGGAUUUGCAUUGUGAGGGUUUUGAGCGUGAGUUUCAAUCGUCUUUCUGAAACUGCCCUGGCUGGACAGAAUUGGAAGAACAAAUCGUUCCAAACACAGCGUGCGUGCAACGGUGCACGGUGUGGAGCUCCGCGGCGCAUCCCGGUAGCCGAGCCGGAGAGGAGCCAUGAGCAGCGGUUUCGCGGGGCAGCGGUCGAGGCCGUGGGUAGGGACGGUGGCGGGCGCCGGCGCCGCGUCGGAGCCCGCGGGCGACAGCAGCGUGGCCAGGGACGACGCCGUGGCGGCCUCGGCCAUGAGGGGCGCGGGCGGCGGCGCCGACGCGCCCACCAGCGCCAGCGCCAUCUCCUUCGGCUUCGCGGCCACGGCCGUCCUCGUCUCCAUGUUCCUCCUCAUGGCCAUCUUCGAGCACCUCAUCAAGCCCGGCCUGGCUUCCUCCUCCUCGUCGUCCUCCUCCCCGCGCUCCGACGACGACGGCGGCGAAGGCCGCAGCCGCGCCGUGGGCCUGCCCGCCGGCCGCCUGCACCACCACCACCGUGACGCGUCGCCGGACAAGCUCGGCCACCCGCUCAAGGUGGAGGACGAGCCCGUGGCGGCGGCGGCGGACCUGACGGUGCUGAUGCCGGGGCACCGGUACCCGACGUUCCUCGCGCAGCCGGCGCCGCUCGCGCCGUGCCCCAGGGAAGGCGUGCGCUGGCCUCCCCAUGACCACGAGCAUCAUCGCCGUUCAUUUGCUCCGCCAUGAUUCUUCUUCUCCAUGACGCUGUGUACAGAGUUGUAGUGUGUAAAAUGCAGGGCGCGUGCAGCAGAUUGGUCUGUCGGAAUGCGAAUUCGCAAGGCGAAUGCUGCGUGCUGGGCCCUACGGGUCUCUGGCAGCUUCUUUGUUCAUGUUAAUGAUGAGGCUUGGAUGGCCCAUUGCAAACGCGUCGUAACUUCAGGACAUUUCUACUGCGUUGUCGGCUGGAAAAUGGAAUGGAUUGGUUCACGCCAGUUAGCCCA